AUGCUGGUGGUGCUGGUUUUGAGUGUGCUGCUGGGGCCUGCCCUGGGCAGCGAGAACUUUGUGGGGCACCAGGUGCUCCGAAUCGCUGCUGCCGAUGCGGCCCAGGUGCAGAAGGUAGCCGAGCUGCAGGACCUGGAGCACCUGAAGCUGGACUUCUGGCGGGGUCCUACCCAGCCCGGCUCCCCCAUCGAUGUCCGAGUGCCCUUCGCCAGUGUCCAGGCCGUCAAAAUCUUCCUGGAGGCCCACGGCCUCAGCUACGAGGUCAUGAUCAAGGACGUGCAGGAGCUGCUGGACGAGGAGCAGGAGCAGAUGCUUGCUUUCCGCUCGCGAGCCAGCUCCACGGACACCUUCAACUACGCCACCUACCACACGCUGGAGGAGAUCUAUGACUUCAUGGACAAGCUGGUGGCUGAGCACCCACAGCUCGUCAGCAAGCUCCAGAUCGGCAGCACCUAUGAAGGCCUUCCCAUCCACGUGCUGAAGUUCAGCACCGGGGGCAGCCAGCGUCCCGCCAUCUGGAUUGACACCGGCAUCCACUCCCGGGAGUGGAUCACCCAGGCCAGUGGGGUCUGGUUUGCCAAGAAGAUCACUGAAGAUUAUGGGCAGGACCCAACUGUCACCUCCAUUCUUGAUAACUUGGAUAUCUUCCUGGAGAUUGUCACCAACCCUGAUGGUUUUGCCUUCACCCACAGCCAGAACCGCCUGUGGCGCAAGACUAGAUCGGCCACGUCCAGCCCCUUGUGUGUUGGGGUGGACGCCAACAGGAACUGGGAUGCCGGCUUCGGGAAAGCCGGGGCCAGCAGCAGCCCCUGCUCAGACACAUACCAUGGCAAGUCCGCCAACUCCGAAGUGGAGGUCCAGGCCAUCGUGAACUUCGUCAAGAAUCAUGGGAACAUCAAGGCCUUCAUCUCCAUUCACAGCUACUCCCAGCUCCUCCUCUACCCCUACGGCUACACCUCACAACCUGCCCCCGACCAGACUGAGCUGCAUCAGGUGGCCAAGUCUGCUGUGACGGCCCUGGCCUCGCUGUAUGGGACCGAGUACCAGUAUGGCAGCAUCAUCGACACAAUUUAUCAAGCCAGCGGCAGCUCUAUUGACUGGGCCUAUAAUCAGGGCAUCAAGUACGCCUUCACCUUUGAGCUGCGUGACACCGGGCGCUACGGCUUCCUGCUGCCGGCCUCACAGAUCAUCCCCACGGCCCAGGAGACGUGGCUGGGGCUCCUCACCAUCAUGGAGCACACCCAGACUCACCCCUACUAG